GAACAUCUGGACUAUGAAAUAAUCCAGUCUUUGAACCCAGAGUUUAACAAAGCCGUGGUUCGUGUUAACAUCUUCAAGGAACAUCGCCAGACCAUUCAGUACAUUCACCCUGCUGAUGCAGUGAAGUUAGGCCAGGCAGAGCUGCUAGUCAUCGACGAGGCUGCUGCGAUCCCGCUGCCUUUAGUGAAGAAACUGCUGGGGCCUUACCUUGUGUUUAUGGCAUCUACGAUCAACGGGUAUGAGGGCACUGGUCGCUCUCUGUCUCUUAAGCUGAUUCAGCAGUUAAG